AUGCCAGUUGCAUAUGCCUCGAGAUUUCUAACAUCGGCUGAGACUAGAUAUGCUCAGAUAGAAAAAGAACUUUUGGCAGUCGUGUUCGGGUGCAAUCGUUUCUAUCAGUAUAUCUAUGGCAAGCAAAUUAUUGUUGAAUCAGAUCAUCAGCCUCUCGAAGCCAUUAUGAAGAAACCACUGGAUAAAUCGCCAAUCCGUUUGCAAAGAAUGCUGCUGAAUCUACAAAGUUAUGAUGUUGAGAUAAAAUACAAACCUGGCAAGGAACUAUAUUUAGCUGAUACGCUGUCGAGAGCCCAUCUAUCUAAUUGCAAAUCCGAAGAAGAAACACUGGAUUUGGAGUAUCAAGCAAUUUCCAUGAUUUCAUCACUAGCUGUAUCGGAUGACAAGUUAAGGGAGAUUAAGGAAGAAACGAAGAAAGAUGGGACAAUGCAAGCACUAGUAAAAUUUAUCAAUGAAGGCUGGCCAAGCCACAAAGAUCGUCUCCCAAAGUCAUUACAACCACUAUGGAACUACAGAGAAGAGCUGACGGAAAUCGAAGGCGUGGUAUUCAAGAGGGAUAAAAUUUUCAUUCCACCCUCGCUACGAGAAAAUGUUCUGAAGAAGAUUCAUCAAAGUCACAUGGGUAUUGAGAGAAGUAAACAACGUGCUCGUGAAUUAGUUUUUUGGCCAGGCAUAAACAAAGAGAUCGAGUCAGUCGUCAAGAAUUGUUCUGUCUGUGCCGAGUACAGAUGCAGCAAUCAGAAAGAGCCAAUGUUUCCGCACGAAAUUCCCAAAUAUCCGUGGCAGAUCGUAGCAACUGAUAUGUUUUUCUGGAACGGUGAUGAUUAUCUACUGGUUGUUGACUAUUACAGCAGAUUCUGGGAGAUGUUCAAGGUCUCAAACACAAAAAGCUCCACAAUAAUUGCCAAGAUGAAAACCCUUUUCGCAAGACAUGGGGUUCCAGAAGUAGUUAAAUCCGAUAAUGGUCCACAGUAUUCAUCUGGGGAGUUCACCGAAUUCGCCAAAACGUGGGGUUUUAGACAUGUAACUUCGAGUCCUUUGUAUCCACAGUCGAACGGCCUAGCGGAAAGAACUGUUCGAACAGCGAAGUCAAUUCUAACGAAAGCUCGAAGAGAUCAUCAGGAUCCAAAUUUAGCUAUAUUAGAACAUCGAAAUACGCCGAUCAACGACGUUGGAUCACCAGCGAGAUUGAGUAUGGGAAGAAGACUUCGGUCAAGUAUGCCAUCCUCAACUGAUCAGCUCCUUCCAAAGACGGUGAAUCCAGCAAUAGUCCAGACGAGGCUCAAACAAAAGCAAGCGCAACAGAAAAAAUACUAUGACAGAUCAUCGAGACCCUUGGAAUAUUUAUCUGAAGGCGAUGAUGUUUACGUUCAGCACGAGGGUAGAUGGAAACCUGCUAUUAUCACAAGCAAAGCGGGAACUCCAAGAAGUUUCAAUAUUAUGACAGAAGAUGGUGCCCAAUAUCGAAGAAACAGAAUACAUCUGAGGAAAGCUUAUGAUCGAGUUUCGCAGUCCUCGUCUCCUGAGAAGUCAACCGAAAUUCCAUCGAAAGAAGAAAUCAAGGUUAACUCUCCGAUUACAAAUGAACAAUUACAGUAUCAAGAAACAAGAGAAGUCAACAAAGAAACCCUUAGUUCUACCGGUGAGACAGCAUCGCCAGUAAAAACAAGAUCAGGACGGAUGAUAAGGAAGCCAACUCGGUAUAACGACUAUGUUUAA